AUGAAAGCGGUUAUCACACAACGAUCCUUGCCGAAACGUCUACUGAGUCUCGCUCUCGGUAGUCCACUGGGGCAGGGCGCACAAGUCAACGAUGUCCCAAUUCCAAGCAUCACUGAUGAUGAGGUCUUGGUCAAGGUGCGUGCAGUCGCGCUGAAUCCGAUCGACUUCAAAGACAUCGAUUUUCUCUCCCCACGUAAUUCGGCGAUUGGCUGUGACUAUGCAGGCGAGGUGGCUGAGGUCGGCAAGAACUCAGGACAACGUUGGAAGGUUGGAGACAGAAUCGCUGGCUUUGUUCACGGGGGUUUGUAUCCCGACGUUGGCUCGUUCGCCGAGUACCUCAAGGUCAAUGGAGACUUGGCCUGGAAGGUGCCUGACGAAAUCACUCUGGGCGAAGCGACCACCUACGGAAUUCCCGCAGCUACAGCAAUGCUCAGUCUCUCGUACCUCGAUAUUCCCUGGGUGGAUAUUGAGAACGGACGCAGCGCUCAACAAGGUGACCAACCGACCAUUCUCAUCUAUUCAGGGGGCUCGAACGUUGGUCUCUUCGCUAUUCAAUUAGCCAAGAGAGCAGGAUACACGGUUGUGGCAACGUCUUCGCCACGUUCCUUCGACCUCGCAAAGCGCUAUGGCGCCGAUGCAGUAUACGACUACCGUUCCUCUGCAUCCAUUGACGAAAUCAAGAAAGCCCAUCCGAAUAUCACAAAAGCUCUCGACUGCUUCUCCGAAGGCUCCUCUGCCGCUUUCUGUGCCGACGUGUUGCGAGAGGGCAAAGUGGUCACGCUUCUCGAUCAAGGAAAGGCAAAGAAGGCAAACGUGAGCUAUACUUUCCUCAUGGUCUACACUGCAUUUGGUCGGAAGUUCCAGCUGUUAGCGCCCCUCGGCCCCGUGUUCCCAGUGAAGCCAGCAGACCGCGAGGUCAUCAGCAAUUUUUACGGUAACUUUUCGACCUUGUUAAGCCUUGGCGUUGUGAGACCUCCAUCCAUCACAACCAUCAAGGGCGGAUUCAAUGAAAUCUUUGACGGUCUAGAGACACUUCGCCAGGGGGGCGGUCGAGGCACGAAGCUUGUCGUCGAGUUCAAGUGA